CCGUCUAACCGUGUCCAAGUUUACAAUGUCUUUAAAUGAUCUCAAUCCGGGGGCAUUCAAUAAGCCGUAAUCGUGUUUUGACCCAGAGAGCAAUCAUCACUGUGAAUUAAUUCUGCAUUCAUUCAUUCAUGUUUGGAAGCAAUUCAGAAAGGUAGACGGAAUAACUCUGGAAUUAGGAUCCGAAGACAGCAUACACCAAAAAACAGAAAUAGCACAGGAAAAGACACAUUUCGAUACUUCAGGAGUUGUAAUGGUCUGCGACAUACAGUAUGUCAAUUGUCCUCGUCGCAUCGUAAUUCACUUUGCGUGGACUCUCGUACAGUGAAUAGCUUCAUUACUACUGGAAAGGAGGUCGGCAUUUGAAGACGGCCAACAUACGAAAACAAUACCCGGACUGUGUUUAUUCAGAAAUUGCAGUUUGAAAAUUGGAUCACAUUUUUCACUAAUAACUUUCAAUUCAAGAUGUCUGAAAUCUAAUUUCUUAUGUAUGCUUGCUGCAAGAAAUACCAGAUACUUAAUUAAAAGGCUAGUGAAAGGCAUUAGCAGUUGAUUCCAUCCCCCUAUGGUACAGGGAGAAGGAUAUGGGUUCCGACGCUUUGUUUUCACGCUAAGGUUAUUUAUUCUGUGAUACCUGUAUGAAACUUUUUUUUGCCGCGAUGUAUUUCUAGGCAUCGAUUCCUUGGAAUCUCAGCGUGGGCCUCUUCUCCUGUUCUGCUACAGCUCGCGGGAACCAAAGUUCACAAAACAGAUUCAUGUCGUAUUCAGACACCGAAAAAAGCACGUCAUUUCAUUUCUUGCAGUUGACAACUAUAAACCAUGAAAACGUUUCGCAUUCCUAUGCGAUGCUCUCUGAUAGUGUGACAACAAAUGGCCUGUUUGAUAACUUAACGUUGAACGCAACAACGGAGAAAACAAUGAACGAGAGCACAUAUCACCCCGGUGAGGCGGCGAUUGGCGUCGUCCUGGCAAUGUUUUCAUUUAUCACUGUUGCCGGGAACAUUCUAGUCAUCGCCGCUGUAUCAAAAGAGCUAUACCUUAGGACGGUCACCAAUUACUUCAUCGUCUCUCUGGCAGUGGCGGACCUAAUGGUCGGUAGUAUAGUGAUGCCGUUUGCAAUUACCAUGGAAAUGACUGGACAAGUUUGGUUGUUUGGUCCCGAAUGGUGUGACAUGUGGCAUUCGUUUGAUGUUUUAGCCAGUACAGCGUCCAUUCUGAACUUAUGUGGUAUUUCUCUUGACCGUUAUUGGGCAAUAACGGACCCCAUAAAAUACGCAUCUAGAAUGACGGCGUGUAGAACGUGGUUAUCCAUUGCGUUAGUGUGGCUGCUCUCUGCUGGAAUCUCGUUCCCUGCCAUUGCUUGGUGGAAAGCCGUCACCCCCGAUACACCUUCAGCAGAAAAUGAAUGUAUAUUUACAUCUGAUAGUGCCUAUUUAAUUAUUUCAUCCCUAGUUUCCUUCUACUGUCCAUCUAUCAUUAUGAUGUUUGUUUACUGGAGAAUAUACAUGGCCGCCACCGCGCAAAUUCGUAGUUUAAAAGUUGGCCAAAAAACGUUAAGGGCAACCAACGGUGCCAGCGGAAACCGUGAAGUGAUGACGUUACGAAUACACCGCGGAGGGUGUAAUACCGGUACCAACAUGUCUCGGCAGUCCUCGGACGAAUAUGGACAGUCCUUUGAGAAAUGUUUGUCUGAGAGUGAGCGUGAUUCUCUGGUAGAAAACGGUAAAAGACAUUCGGAUACCUCAAACCACCGCCCUACUAGGUGCAUCACGAAGCGAAUACGUCAAUUCGCAAUCAGCAAAAAACUGACUAAGGUCGCUCGAGAACAGAAGGCCGCCAAAACUCUGGGAAUAGUGGUAGGGGUGUUUAUCUUGUGUUGGGUACCAUUUUUUGUGUUCAAUAUAUUGGAAGGAAUAUGUCAUGACAAGUGUUUAACACAUAAAGACAUUUUGUUCCCGCUCUUUACGUGGUUGGGAUACAUCAAUUCAGGCAUGAACCCCAUCAUUUACGCUUUAUCGAUGAAAGACUUUCGGCGAGCUUUCGGAAAAAUUAUAUUUUGUUUAUGUCCUAAGAACAAAUUCCGGUAUCACAACACGUACCAAUCAAAGAAAUGUUCUUCCUCGUCAAGUUUCGUAGUGACAGCUCAAGCCGAACGAAGCUGACUUGUACGUUAUCGGAACGAGGCUAAUUUACUCAUCGGAAUCAUCUCAACGUUUGCGUCUUCAACUGAUAUUGUAUAAUAUGAAAGGUGAUCAAGUGAAAAAAUAAAAUAUAUGUGAUUUUUUA